AUGUUUGCAAACUUAUUUGUUUUAAAGCACUGGUCGGAAAUCAUAUCACGUGAUCAAUAUUCGGUCUCCAAGCGGGAAAAACAUUUGAGCAUGCAUUUAACAGUUCGAAAUAUUGUUUUCGCUUAAUUUGUUGUUUCCAGAAUUUGUUAAUUAAUUCCGGACGUCCGUUUUAAUAUCAAUACACACGGGAAAUACUUGGCACUGUAACGUGAAAAUACCACGAGGAAAAACAGAACGGGAACAGUCACUAUAUAAUUCAGUACAAGGGAGAACAGAAUUGCGUUAUGUGUAUCGUUCUAUAGCCUGCCAAUUCAGUGGUCUUUUUAGUAUUUCAGGCAGAGGACUAGUUUAAUCACCGAAAUGUGUACAGGGUAUAGCUGUAUUAUACUCGCGUUGAUACUGGUUGUUGCAGACGCUUCCGACUUUGCACCUUGUGGUGGAAAGCCAGCUGAUGUAUUUUUCGCACUCGAUUCCUCCGGUAGUCUCUCUAAGAACGACUUCCAGAAGGAACUAAGAUUUACAGAGGAUGUUGCAUCAAUGUUCGACUUAGAUGAGAACAAGGUUCGGGUUGGCGUGAUCAGCUUUAGUAAAACCGUGACACCUCAUUUUGAUCUUGGUGCAUAUACAGACAGAAUGGACAUGUUCCGUAAGAUAUCACAGAUUACAUGGGAAGGCUUUGGUACAAACACUGGAGAAGCUCUCAAUUACCUUCAUACCAAGGGUUUGGCUUUAAAGAACACACGACCCGGGAUUCCACAUAUUGCAAUAGUUCUUACAGAUGGAAUGUCCCAGAAUGUUCCUAUGACGUUAGAACAAGCAAAAAUAUUACAUGACCAAGGAAUCACCGUCUUUGUAAUUGGUAUUGGUAGCCAGAUUGACAAAGAGGAACUGGAAUCGAUUGCCAGUGGGCCGCCUAGCAAAUAUGUAUUUAUGAUAGACAAUUUCGACGCCUUGAAUCAGAUAAAAGACGAACUGGCAAUCAAAGCAUGCGAAGAGAAACCAGCUACACCGUCUCCAAAUAUACAGAAUACAGAAGCAGCGGUAGAGGAAGAACUCGUGUCUUUUGGGAGAUGUACGCCCCGUCAUGCCCUGGACAUUGUGUUUGCUGUUGACACAGCCGCCAUUGGAAGUUCAAAUGCUAAGUUUGUUCUUCAGUUUAUCGCUAACAUUAGUGAUCGUGUAAACAUGGCGGCAGGUGACACCACAAUUAUGACCAUCGGAAAUGGAUGUAGUGGUUCGACACUUGACGAGGAACCGGCAACAGACCCAAACAUGGUUAAACAAGGACUCUCCACGUACCAAACCCCACAGUUCCACCAACUGAUGAGAAAUAUGCGUCUUAAGGCGGCAGACGGGCGGUUUGAAUCGGAUCACAUCGGAGUCUUGUUCGUGACUGAUCGCCUGACAUCGUUUGAAUACCGGAAAGCUAAGCUAGAGACGAUGAGAGCAAAAUUUCAGAGAGUGGCAAUCUUCGCUUUGGGCGUUGGAAAUCGUGUUGAUGCACAGGACUACAUGUCGCUCACAACAAACGGUGGGCAGUACAUCUCUGUCCCAAGCUUUGAGGACCUUGGAGAAAUCGGAACUGCAUUCUUGUACAACAUGUGUCUCUUUGGAACAAACAAAUGAUAUCUGAAUUUUAGGCUUAAAUUUAUGGACAUUCUUAUUCAGAUAUUUAAGACUUUUCGACAUAUUUAUUUUGAACAAAUUGCUUAGAAAUGUCUUUAUUUCGUGCCUCAGUGCAAAUCUAUUGUAUCUUCUUCCUUAUUUGUAUACAGUAACAGUAGUUUAGCACUAACAUUAAGCGGCCGUUGAUUUGAGAAUAUAUUGCACCCUGCAAAAUAUCUAAUCUCAGAUGAAAUGAUUUAAAUUGAUAUGUAUCUUUUUGUGUAUUAUCAAGGAUGUAAAUGCCCACGUCAAUUUUUCGUCAUUGGUAUUAUCAAAAGAAAUAUAUUUAUAUUUAUUUAGAAGGAGCGGUCAACAAAUAUGUUAUUUAGAAAGGAGUCAUUGUGAAAAGCUAACGAACGCAAUAUUUCACACAGCUUGAACGUGACAUAGCUAACUUACAGACGACUUUAUACAAAUGCAUUUUUAUUCAAUAUUGAUUAUGUCAAGAGGCAUACUUUUCAUUACAUUAUCAGCAAACUUUAUGUCAGUUAAUUCUGAAAUACAGAAAUAAAAUAUCAUAUUUUAUAGGAAAAGUAACUUGUAGACACAACAUUUGAUUUAAGCUAUAUAUAAAAAUGCAUCAGAAAGAACAGGUCUGUGUGUCCUGAACGUUAAAGUCGAUCUGUAACUGUUAACUGUGAUAGCAAAAUAUAUACUGUUAUUUCUGAGGCCCACCAGGCUAGCCCAAGAGAUACAGCACAAGAAUUCAAAUCACGGGGUCAAAGGUUGAAAAUAUGUUCCUAGUGAUGUCUCACUGAAGACAAUACGUCAAAAGACACUCGAUUUCUACCUAUGAUUCAUUUGGGAAAUUUAUUAGUUACUUGAUCAGAACAGGCUUAUAACGGAAAUAGAUCUAGGAAUGGAUCUAGGUUAAGUGACCGUCGUUAAUAUAUGACAUUUUGCUGAAAAUGACAUUAAACCUAACAAGACAAAACAAUGUUGAAUUUCUCAUAGAUUUUUGUCAUUACAAAUGAACUUAAAGAAGAAUAUUUUUAAAUAUUAGUUUUACCAACAAACAUAUCUUCCCCUUUCUAAAUUCCAAUUUGUUCAGUUCUGCCCCUUGUUUUCUCGUUUAGGGCAAACCCAUCAUUUUAACUGGGGACCAUACGCCGCUUUUCAUGGAAUUACACGCUAGUGUAGCAUUGAAGGUUCCAUGUGCACCGCCUUAUGAACACAUCUGCGGAUGUCCCUAAAUUGUUUUUUUGUACUUGUAGCAUGUAUAAAUGUUAGUUCUGAUAAACCCGGGGCUAGAGGGCGUGGACGGUAGCAUCCAUUUCCAAUACCGUCCAUGAACAGGCUCAAUCAAACCGAACCUGCAACAUUUUCGUUUUUGUCGUGUUGAACGACCUGUGGAGUUUCCACUUCUUUUUCUAUUUUAGGAUGAUACAAGUUACAAAAUUAUUUGAAUAUAUGCUGCUAAAAUCAACAUUAAAGUAAGAACUUAGAAUGAAUAUUUUGUACUUUUGAUAAGGAUCCUGCAUGGGUACUUCAGAAAUCAUAAAUAAUACCUUAAAACAUUGGAAAUGAUAUCACUGAUGUGGUUAUGGCAGUAUUAAUUACUAUUGCUCAUUCCUUGAGGCCAGGGUAACGUAGACAUUUUCGAACAUAGUGACCUUUUUCUUUUAGGUAUGCUGGAUAAACUGGCCUGAAAUUUUCACAUCCCUAAAUUUAUGUCAAAUAUUUCGAAAUCUAGACAGAAUGUUUAUUUUUGAGUUUUUGAGGGAUUGGUUGUCUUUUGGAGUGUUUGUAUCUCAAACCAACUCUUUAAAAUAGCAUUAUGUUAAAAAGCAUGUAUACGGCAUACGUCAUGCAGUAUAAGUAAGUUGUAACAUUCACUGAAUAUAUUCAUUUCAAAUUUUUAUAAAAGUUCAACUUGAGCCGACGCUAAUACUGAUGUUUAUUGUUAUAUGUAAAAAUACUGUAGUAAUAAAUGUUGUCAAGCAGAA